AUGCAGUCUCAAGAAGAAUAUCAAGCCACCCACCCACCUGUCGACUCAAUUUGCGUACUCGGCUGCGAAUCGUGGCCUGAUCUCAGCCCAACCUCAGACCGCUACGCCAUCCGCAUCUUCACACCCCUUUUACGGCAAGCCUUGCCUCUUGCCAGUGCCCUUCGAGCUGACAGUUGUGCAACCCUUCCCUCAGAAGAUUCAAAUACUCUUACAAAUCGCCUUAAACGACGAGCUUCUCUUCUUUCACUCACUUCCCUUGGUGGUCUUAGCGCAGUCUGUGGACGAGUGGUUUCUCGAGCAAGCGGUCUUCUCAACGAGCUCAUUCUGCGUUUGCCUGAUGAAUCCCACUAUGUGGAGUGGUUUGCUGCGAUUCGAUUAGCUGGUAGUCUCUCUGUUGGAUGUGGUGGAGCUGCAACUCCAGAAACAAUCACACGCUUAUUUGAAGCGGAGAAGAGGGCUACGACUAGUCUGCUUCAAUUACUUUCACCACUUCCAGUAAAGGUGCCAUCGUUAAAAGCAGAUAUGGUAGAUGAUGGAUUAGGAAUGGCCGACAGAUUGUGGCUACAAAAAAAUUUUUCAGUCCUUCUGCCCUAUAGAUUAGCUGGAGAAGGGGGUUUAGCGCAGUCGAAAUCUACAGAUUCUAACGCUUCAUCAAGUGGUUCGGUAUUAUCGCUCAAAGAAGAGGCUAACGAGCGAUUCAUUCGGCACAUUAUUGACAUCAGAGGUCGAUUACCAGCAAUGUCGGCUACUGAAGUCAAGCUCCAGUAUAUUGGUCAUUGGCAGCAACUAACUGGUAAUGGGGUUAUCUACUUCAUUGCGCGAUUUGAGACUAGUGUCCCUGUUGCCUCAGCCCUUGGUUUACCACUGGAUACUCCCGAUCAAGCCUUCCGAACGCUUUCGUCGCACUCUUCACACGUUCAUCCGACAUCACGACAGGUCACUAUCUCGGUUAGUAGGCGAGAUGAAGUAGUUGGCAUAGGAAAUGGACGAGUUGCAAGACAUGACCCUAGCACUGGCGAAAUUCAUGCAGCCUGGCGACUUGAGAUGAUUCAGGGCUGGAAUGUGAACCGAGAGCUGAAUGAACUGGUUCUCAUGUUGGCUCCUACAACUAAUACAACAGCCGGAAAUUCCGCUCUCGAGAAUGGGAACAAAAUCCCAAAAUUAGAGAAAUCUCUAAGGAAACAAGGACCUUCGUUAGCUUCCAGUGGUCGUGUUGUAAUACGACCCAUCGGAGUACCAGUUCAAAAGGUCGGUGAAGUUCUCGGUGCUAAUGUCUUUCUUAGCCUCCGUUCCCCCACAAAGAGCCAGGAGUUGGAUGAGAGCAUGUUCUAUCGCCUCAUUGGUGCAUCUCCCAACAAAAGCCUCUAUGCUACUGCCCUAAAUAUCCAAAGUGCUUCUGCAGCUAGAUGA